CUGGUAAGAGAAAGUGAAAGUGAAGUGCUGUAGACGGACACUCAGUCUCUGUUUGGACACGAUGGCAGAAGCCAGUAUUCCAGUGGCUCAGGAUCAGUUCACGUGUCCAGUGUGUCUGGAUCUGCUGAAGGAUCCAGUGGCGACUGCCUGUGGACACAGUUACUGUAAGAGCUGCAUUACAGACUGCUGGAAUGAGGAGGAUCAGAAGGGAGUCUACAGCUGCCCUCAGUGCAGACAGACCUUCAGUCCCAGACCUGCUGUAGCUACAAAUGUACUGCUGGCUGAAAUGCUGGAGACACUGAAGAUCACGAGACUCCGAACCGCUGGGUCUGAAGAUGUGCAGUGUGACGUCUGUACUGGGACCAAACACAAAGCUGUCAAGUCCUGUCUGGUGUGUCUGAACUCUUACUGUCAGAAUCACCUUGAGCAACACGAGAGUUUCUUCAGAAAUAAGAGACACAAACUGACUGACGCCACUGGACGACUGCAGGAGAUGAUCUGCACAAAACACGAUGAACAAAAAAAACUCUACUGUCGAACCGACCAGCGCUGCAUUUGUUUACUGUGUAUGGUGGAUGAACACAAGAACCAUGAGACUGUGACGGCUGAAGCAGAGAGGACAGAGAAACAGAGGAUUCUGAAAGAGACGCAAAUGAAAUAUCGCCAGAGAAUCCAGGAAGGAGAGAAAGAGUUUGAGGAGCUGAGAAAGACUGUGGACUCUUAUAAGCGCUCUGCACAGACAGCAGUGGAGGACAGUGAGAGGAUCUUUACUGAGCUCAUCCGCUCCAUUGAGAGAAGCCGCUCUGAGCUGAUACGGCUGAUCAGAGAUCAGGAAAAGCGAGCGCUGAGUCGAGCUGAAGGACGACUGGAGCGACUGGAGCAGGAGAUCAAUGAUCUGAGGAGGAGAGACGCUGAGCUGGAGCAGCUUUCACACACACAGGAUCACAUCCAGUUCCUGCAGGUGGUUUAUGAGGACUCUGCUUAUGUCCCUGUGAUUCGAAAGGCUUAA